UCUCACCCCACCGCAAUGCCAUCCUUUGCCCUCACACUUGCCGUGCAACCACUGAGAAGCCAGAAGUGGUCUACAGUUCAUCUAUUGGUGCUUGCGAAUAUGAAGUCAAGAAGCGGUGUCUCUUGGGAGCCCACAUGGCAGCGCAGCGGUGCCCAGCGGGCAAUAGCAGGGCGCUUAAUGCACCAUGUGACUUGAGACACGUACAGGCUCGAAAUCACCACAUCAAGCAAUCCACGUCGCAGUGCAGCAUGAGCAUGAACGAUCCAAUCCGUGGCAGCCUCAUAUAGUCCUGAGCUGUGGCCUGAUUUUUUUGGUCCUUAUUUUCGCCUUUACUUUUGUCCCGGUUGCCUUGGGCAAAUACAGACAUUUGCAAAGUCAUCGUUUGUUCAAGUGCAAGUGCUGGUACACUUGCUCCAACUUAAUACCAUAUCCUACAUCUGAGGAAGAGAAUAGUCAGGCAAGAUGCUAUCCACACUCCUCACAAACGUCCUCCUCUUCCUCUCCCUCCUUCACCUCUCGGCUGCUGUACCCGGCCCCAAACCCUCCAUCGCUCAAGUCCAAGUCCGACAAGUUUCCGCGACGCCAUCCCAAGCAGACCUCUGUCUCGACUACGAGCGCACAGCCAACAUGUCGACCAUCGGCGCCAACGGUACCUACCGCACAGUUCUCUUGCAGAGGUCUGGCACAGGCACCAUCUACAAUGCGCGCAUGAUGGAUGCUGCGAUUGCCAAGCUGCCGAAGUUGACGGCGGAUACUAUUUUGAACAUGGCAUGUGGCAAUUGGACGGAGAUUGCGCUCAGGGAGGCUGAGAGGAACUUUACGCAGGGUGUGGUUGCACAGUUUACGACGGAGGGGUUACCGGUGGGGAUUAGGGCAGGACCGGAGGUACUGGGGAUUGUGGGGGCUAUUGCUACGUUGUUCAGCAUAGUGUGGGUUAGCGGAUAGGAGGUUUGGGGAAGGAGCCUCGAGAUGUCGGCUUGUGGUUGCUGAAAGUUUGAGCUUUCAUUAUACCAAUCGUGGAGGAAUACCGAAGUGCUAUUUUCGUUGUUUCAAGACAUAAGUCCUGCUCAACAGCGGCUGACCGACACUGUUUAAUGCCGUUAUGAAGACGUGCAUCAAAAUCGGCGACCAUCUGCUCGGAGCGUCAAGAAGGUCCUCGAAGAUUUUGCAAAUAUAUGUAACAUCAGGCUCAAUCGUACAUGGUUAACGAAU